AAAAAACUUGUACUUUUAAAGAAAAUGGAGGACAAAAGAAUGGCCAUGUUAGUGGUGAUGAUGUUGGUGAUGGGGAACAUGUUGAUCGAGACAGAGGCUGUUUUGUCUUUCCCAGUAUGUUACGCAGGUUGUCUUGCGGGGUGUGGUGUUUUAUCCUUCGGUUUUAAAAAAUUACUAUGUCCUAUUAUGUGUAUCAAGGACUGUAAACGUCGUACACUUUCUGUUAAGGCAAAAUCAAAAACUGAUUAUUACUGCAACCUCGGAUGUGCUACCGAUCGUUGUGCUUCAUCCUCAUCAAUCGACGACAAAGAUCAUGUGCAGAAAGUUUCAGUAUGCGUGGAUUCAUGUUCAGAGACGUGCAGCACGUGCUCCCACAAGAACUAAAAACCGCGCUUUUGAUUUUUCUUCUAUAUUAUGGAAAUUACUGUCUAAAUUAUAAACCAGUAGUAUAGUAUGUACCGAUUAAUAAAACCAUCCACAUCCAAAGUAAAGAGACUUCA